AUGGCUGGGACUGGACGGGAGUCCGGUGCAACGGAGAACGCGGGUUUUGGAGAUUUGAGCGACUCGGAGUUCCCCGACUUUUCGGAGCUAGGAGACAUUGAAGAACUUGGGAGCCAACCUGGCUCCUCUUCAGGAAACCCCAGAAAGGAAGUGGACCCAGAGGGGCCAUGGAAACGGAAGCGAGAGGCAGAUGCCCUGACGCCCAUGGAGAGGUUCCACCUCAGGUGCUUGUGGAUCUCCGACCUGGCCACACAGAGCUGGUGUGAGCAGCAGAUGGUGUACGGGAAGGAGCUUCCAGACUUCCAGUCGGCGGAGAAGGCUGCGGUGCUGAGUGCUGGAGCCAGUAUCCACCUUGCCAGAGAGCUGGAACUCCAUGACCUUGUGAACAUCCACACCUCCACUAAGGAAGAUGUCUGGGCAGUGAAGCUGCUGAAUAUUCUAUGUAUGAUACCCAUCUUACAGUCAGGUGGGACAAUCCGGGAGUUCCCAGUCUUUGGGGAAGUAGAAGGGGUGUUCUUGGUUGGGGUAAUUGAUGAGCUGCACUACACUUCAAAGGGGGAGCUAGAACUGGCUGAGCUGAAAACUCGCAAGCGACCCAUGAUGCCAUUGGAGGCUCAGAAGGAAAAGGACCGUUUCCAGGUCAGCCUCUACAAAUGUAUCUUUGAUGCCAUGGUGCGGGGACAGGUGACAUCUGCCAGCCUGGUUCACCACAUGAAGCUUUCCCCAGAGCUAUUGCUGGGGCCCCAAGUGCAGAGUCACGCCCGACAGGGGGGCUUCACUGCAAAGUCCUUUGGAGAUCUCCUGGAGCUGACUUUCUUGUCCCUGACGCUGUCUGACCUCCCAGUUAUUGACUCUCUGAAGAUAGAGUAUAGCCACCAGGAGACAGACACUGUGCUGGGCACAGAGAUGGUGGUCUUUGAGGAGAAACAGGUGAGGGACAAGCUUCGACACCAGCUCAAGUACUGGACAGGACUCAGGGAGCCCCAGGGAGUGGACGUGAAGGAGGCUUGGAAGUGCCGGAUGUGUGACUACGCUGCCAUCUGUGAAUGGAGGCAGAGCGGAGGGACUAAGACGUUGACCCAGGAGCAGCAUGCCAAGAAGAUGACCAAAUGAAGGGACCAGGCCAAGCCAGAGGGCUGGAAAGACCCACCGAAGCCUGCUCCCUCUAGUCUGAGAGGAGUCUUUGGCCGUCCCUGACCAAGAGCCCCACGGGAGGGGUUGUUGGCUGGGGAGAAAUUGUGGGCCUGACUUUGGGGGCACGUUCAUUUUUGCCCCACAGCACUGCUUGAUUUUUUGGGCUCUGGCUCCUUGCAGAUUCACAGCAGGGGCCUCAGGGAUUAUGGGAAACCAGAUUCUCCCUUUUCUCAGGGAUGAGUGUGGAGGAAGGGUCUGGCUCCUCUACCAGAGUUCUGCUGCCCUCAUCGUGGACACAUCCUGGAAGGGGCUGCUCAGUGACUGCCCAAGAGGCCUUUUGUGACGGCAGGGGCAGAGGAGGCCACGCACUGGGAGGAG